UCUGAGCCGGUGCUGCAGCUGGUUGAAGAUCCGCUGCGGGUUUAUUUCGAUUCUCACCUUUUAUCGGCCGCUUUUAGAUCCAGAUCGACGCAAACAUGCGUGAGAUUGUUCACCUGCAGGCGGGUCAGUGCGGGAACCAGAUCGGAGCCAAGUUUUGGGAGGUGAUCAGUGACGAGCAUGGCAUCGACCCCACCGGGACCUUUCAUGGAGACAGCGACCUGCAGCUGGACCGCAUCAGCGUUUACUACAACGAGGCGUCCGGAGGGAAGUACGUUCCUCGAGCCAUCCUGGUGGAUCUGGAACCAGGCACUAUGGACUCGGUGCGCUCCGGACCCUUCGGACAGAUCUUCAGACCAGACAACUUCGUCUUCGGUCAAAGUGGUGCCGGGAACAACUGGGCGAAGGGUCACUACACCGAGGGAGCCGAGCUGGUCGACUCCGUGCUGGACGUGGUGCGCAAGGAGGCCGAGAGCUGCGACUGCCUCCAGGGGUUCCAGCUCACCCACUCCCUGGGCGGCGGCACCGGGUCCGGCAUGGGCACCCUGCUCAUCAGCAAGAUCCGCGAAGAGUACCCCGACCGCAUCAUGAACACCUUCAGCGUGGUGCCAUCGCCCAAGGUCUCCGACACCGUGGUGGAGCCCUACAACGCCACGCUGUCUGUCCAUCAGUUGGUGGAGAACACAGACGAGACCUACUGCAUCGACAACGAAGCCCUGUACGACAUCUGCUUCCGCACGCUCAAGCUGACCACGCCCACCUACGGUGACCUUAACCAUUUGGUCUCCGCCACCAUGAGCGGCGUCACGACCUGCCUCCGCUUCCCCGGGCAGCUCAACGCGGAUCUGCGCAAGCUGGCGGUCAACAUGGUGCCUUUCCCCCGCCUUCACUUCUUCAUGCCCGGGUUCGCGCCCCUGACCAGCAGGGGGAGCCAGCAGUACCGCGCCCUGUCCGUCCCCGAACUGACCCAGCAGAUGUUCGACGCCAAGAACAUGAUGGCGGCGUGCGACCCGCGCCACGGGCGCUACCUCACAGUGGCCGCCGUCUUCCGAGGCCGCAUGUCCAUGAAGGAGGUGGACGAGCAGAUGCUCAACGUGCAGAACAAGAACAGCAGCUACUUCGUGGAGUGGAUCCCCAACAACGUCAAGACGGCCGUGUGCGACAUCCCGCCCCGCGGCCUCAAGAUGGCCGCCACCUUCAUCGGCAACAGCACGGCCAUCCAGGAGCUCUUCAAGCGCAUCUCCGAGCAGUUCACCGCCAUGUUCAGGAGGAAGGCUUUCCUGCACUGGUACACGGGCGAGGGCAUGGACGAGAUGGAGUUCACCGAGGCCGAGAGCAACAUGAACGACCUGGUCUCCGAGUACCAGCAGUACCAGGACGCCACGGCCGAGGAGGGCGAGUUCGAGGAGGAGGGCGAGGAAGAGGCCGCCUAGACAAGCUCCCGCCUCAAGAGUCGGUGCGGGUGUCGUUUUGCACUCAUGGACGACCCGAAGUCCAUCCUUCCAAAUCAGCAACCUCUCACGUUUAAUAAAGAUGUGAUUGAACCCCAAGAA